AAAAAUAAUUUAGUUGAUUUUAGUUUAUGGAUACAGUUAUAUGAUAAUAAUAAUUAUUAUUUAGUUUUAUUAGUAUUAUAGGCUAACAAUUAUAAUAAUAAAAAAAAGUGUAAAAAUAAAAAACAAAAACAACAAUUAUGUUAAGAUUAAACAUAAUAUUUCUAACUGUUUUUACAUUGUUUGUAAUUACAAACAAUAUCAAUGGUUUAGACAUUCAGACAAAUAAAGAAAUUGUUAGAAACAACAACAACAACAACAACAACGACAACAAUAACGAUGAAGACUUGGAUGGAUUAGAGUUGAAUAACAAAUACAAACUACUGGUCAAAGUUUUUUCGGAAAUCCUUAAAAAACAAUCUGAACAAAAUGGCGGACAAAGAGUUGCAAGAAAUGAUAAAAAAUUAAAAUCUAAUUUUAAUAAUAAUAAUAACAACUACAACAACAAUAACAACAACAACAACAACAACAACAACAAUAACAACAACAAUAACAACAAUAACAACUUCAACAACAAUAAAAACAACUACAAUAACAACAACAAUAAUAAUAAUAAUAAUAAUAAUGAUCUGAUAACUAUUACAAAAGGCAAUCUACGAAGUGUACUAAAAAAAGAAGCUAAUAAUCAAAAUGGCGGUCAAACUGGUGGUAGUAAUGCUGAUGAUAAUGAUCUGAUAACUAUUAGGAAAAUCGAUCUAAAAACAUUACUUGAUAAACCAGAUUUAAUACAUAUAAAUAAAAAAGAUUUAGAAGAUCUUCUUAAAAGACUAAUAAAGAAUAGAAAUCAAGGUAGUAAUAUAAAUGAUGGUGGAAUUGGUGGUAAUGGAAUUAAUAUACUUGAUAAUAUAAAUGUUGGUGGUAAAGGUGGUAGUCAAAAUGGUGGUAGUCAAAAUGGUGGUAGUCAAAAUGGUGGUAGUCAAAAUGGUGGAAUUGGUGGUAAUGGAAUUAAUAUACUUGAUAAUAUAAAUGUUGGUGGUAAAGGUGGUAGUCAAAAUGGUGGAAGUCAAAAUGGUGGUAGUCAAAAUGGUUAUGGUCAAAAUGGUGGUAGUCAAAAUGGUGGUGGUCAAAAUGGUGGUAGUCAAAAUGGUGGAAGUCAAAAUGGUGGAAGUCAAAAUGGUGGUAGUAGAGUUGUUAUCAUUGGUAAUGCUGGUGUUAAUGUUCAAAAUAGAAAUUAUGUUAAUUAUACUAUCAAUAUUAAUGAUGUUAAUGGUCAUAUCAAGUCUAUCAAUUUUAUAAUUUAUGGUUAUAUUGAUUAUGAUGCGUUUAAAUUACAAGUAAUUAAUAAAACUAAUUAUGAAUUAUCUGAUGAUAUAUUAAAGCUACUUUAUGAACGAUUGAAAACCAAAACCGAAAACUUCCAGAUAUUUACUAAAUUACAACAGCAAACAGUUUAUAUACCAAGGAAUUAA